UUCCAGCAGAUCGGACUUAGCUGUUGCGAGUCGCGAGUGCGCAUGCGUGUUCAGUGCCGCGUGUUCAGCGCCUGCGCGUAGCGGUGUUCUAGUUCUAUGCUUUCAAGUUUCCCGUCAUCCGCGCAUGCGCGUAGCAACCGCAUUCGUGGCGCCUAAAAUGAGAGGCUUCGAAUGAUGGACCUAAGAAUCCGGGUAUUCCGAACAUUAUUAUCUGCACGUUGUUCUUGUAAAAUAAUAUCGAACAGUUGAAUAAAUUUCAUUCGAUGAAAAACUGCUGGGUUAUAAAACUAUUGAUGUCUAUGCAGAUGAGGGGACGAAUAAUCUAAAGCAACGAAUCAUUAUGUUUAUGAAUGAUUUCGACGUUACGCAAGAGUUAACCUUUUUUUGUGAAAUAAUAAGCGCUUUACUCAUUUAUGCGUAUGCGAUUGCAUGCGCUGAAUUUAUUGAUGGCCUUUAUAUGUUUCUGCCAAAUUGUUCUCGUAAUUCUCGUUCGGUUUUCAAAUUGUAAGAUCAAAAUUUGUCAAAAUCUCUACACUAUAUCAAUCCUGUAUAUUUUAGCACGAUCUGACAAUAAAUUCUUCGAUUAAUUCCUAAUCGAUGAAAUUAAGUUACUUCAAUGUUCUGUUACCGGUAAAUAUUUUUUUGCAAUUCUCUUCGAUUAUCGUUCGGUAACAACCAGCUCCUUAUCGUUGCGAGAUUGUGAUUCGGAUACGUUUUUUCGGACCGACUGUUAUCGACUAUCGUCAGUACCGAUUAGGAAUUUUGAUAGACCAGAUAUUCCUGGAAAUAUCGCAUAAUUAGCGAUAAGCUGCUCGCAACGUAAUCGUAACGGUAUAAAUACGAACGAUAACAUUUUAAUUAAAUAUAUGUUUAAAUAUGGAACGGGAUUUGUCAAGGACAACAUUCAACUGUAUUUUUGGUUCGUGCACUCUUGUGCUUAAAAGAGCAACAAGAAUGCUAUGUUACAGUGGAGAAAUGUUUAGAACGUAAUGAGAUACAUAAAAAUAAACAUUUCUACAAUUUAUUACAAGUACAGUCAAUUGAUUGAAAAAUUCAGACGGGCCUUGGCCUUAAGUUCCGUCGAGGCGUCGAGCUCGUCGAGUUCCAAUUUAUUAUCAUUAAAGAUGAUUGAAACAUCGAAAAGCAUAAACAGAUUUUAACUGUUUCGUGGAAUAAUCGAUUCGACAAGGCAACAAAACUUCUUUGAUUCUGACCAUCCGUUUGAUCGUUCUGCGCCAGAUAAUGAACUCUCCCCACUCGCGGUUCAAGAUGGCGGUUGCCUAAUCUUCCGCGAAGAAGAAAAAAGGAGAGAGAAAAUCGCCGGGAGAGACACUCCAAUGAUAACGGGCCAGCGAAAGAAAGAAAAAACGAAUCUAUCGCGCACGCCGGUGGCCAUAUUUCCGAAAUAUUUGUUGUUCAAUUGUGGCUCGAUGGUGAAUCGUGUUUCGUGUGGAUCGUGUUGUGGGCAUUCCUGUAGUGCGCAUGCGCGCCGACGGAAGUCGUCAGUGGCGACCUUGAAAUGGAGGAACGGCCGAAGAACACGGAAGGACCAUCGGCCAUUUCGUCUUCCACUUCGGUGGAUGACACCGAUCUGAGCAUGGGAGCAGGUGCAGCAGGAGGCUCGGUCCUCGGGCUGCCAGGAUCGGGCGUGGGUGGCGUUUUGUCACAACAUUGCGCGAUCUGCGGGGACCGAGCCACUGGAAAACACUAUGGCGCCGCUUCCUGUGAUGGAUGCAAGGGUUUCUUCAGGCGGUCGGUCAGGAAAAAUCAUCUGUACACCUGCAGGUUCAGUCGGAACUGCGUGGUAGACAAGGACAAGAGGAAUCAGUGCAGGUAUUGCAGAUUACGGAAAUGUUUCAAGGCUGGCAUGAAGAAAGAAGCUGUACAGAACGAAAGGGAUCGGAUAAGCUGUCGAAGGCCGAGCUACGAAGAACAAAGUAGCAACGGGAGCGGAUUGUCGGUGGUGUCUCUUCUUCAGGCCGAGAUGCUCAGCAGGCAGGUCGGCGCUGCCCUCGAGCUAGGCAGUCCGAACAACGACAUCGAUCUUAGCACGAAGCAGAUCGCGAACAUAAACGACGUCUGCGACAGCAUGAAGCAGCAGCUGCUGAUCCUAGUCGAAUGGGCCAAGUAUAUACCAGCGUUCAGUGAGUUGACCUUGGACGAUCAGGUCGCCCUUCUGAGGGCACACGCUGGCGAACAUCUUCUCCUUGGCGUGGCCAGGCGCAGCAUGCAGCUGAAGGACGUCCUCUUGCUUGGCAACAACUGCAUCAUUACGAAAAACUGUCCUGUCAUAUCUUUGUCCGCAGAGGGUCGCAAUCAGGAUCUGGACAUAAGCAAGGUCGGCGUCAGAGUGAUGGACGAGCUGGUGAAACCAUUAAACGAGGUGCAGAUCGACGACACCGAAUUCGCAUGCUUGAAAGCCAUCGUCUUUUUUGACCCCAAUGCAACGGGACUAAGCGAACCGCAGCGAAUCAAACAACUGCGCUAUCAGAUUCAGAUCAACCUGGAGGACUAUAUUAGUGAUAGACAAUACGAUAGUCGUGGUCGAUUCGGUGAAAUCCUCCUGACUCUGCCAGCUCUGCAGUCCAUUUCCUGGCAAAUGAUCGAGCAAAUCCAGUUCGUACGACUGUUCGGAGUGGCGCACAUCGACAAUCUGCUGCAGGAGAUGCUCCUGGGUGGUGCCCAGGAUGGUGCCACAGCUGAAAUGAACGGUGCUGUAACGCAAAUACCGAUCUCAAACGCUCCUGGAAGUUACGUGAGCAGCAACGAAAGUCCUAGCAGUCCGUUGACGCCUGCCAAUGUUCCACCCCUGAGCCCUCAGGAUCACAUGCUGACUGGGGGAAGUCCCGUGAUAAUAAUGAGGGAUCUGACACCCAUUCAGAGCCAAGAGGACGUGACCAGUGUGUCCGGAUUCAGGAUGUUCAAACAGGAGCCCAGUCUGGAGAGUGAAUCCACCUUUUAAGGGUUCCUCGAAGACUUUAAGACUAAGAUCCUGUAAAAUGAAAGUGAAUUGUUCUCAACUGUUGCUGGUUUGUCUUGCACCGAUUUGGAGUACUUACUGAUUUGGGAAUGUCGGAACAGACAUUUGUAGAAAACGAGGAGAAACAGUGUAAGCAUUUUUGCAAGAGCUUAAUAUUUUUGUGUGAAAUCUUGAAACGGAGGACUUCGCGGAAUCCAGGGAAACGUUUAAUCCCUUCUAUGGGAAUACAUAAAUUCUUGUAAAUCUUCAAUUAUUCCGGAUAAGACUUUUCUAAGAAGAAACUGUUUUCUUCUUUUUUUUUAAGGAAGGAUAAAAUCUUAUGGCAACACUUUACAUGUCACCAUCGGAAAUCUUUCCGUGGCUUGAGCCUUUACAAAUUGUUUGUAUAAUCACUGUUGAAGUGUUCAAGAAAAUAUUGUGAUACGUGAGAUCACAUUAAAAAAUGUAUGGGAACUGUUGCUUGAAAAUUGAGCCAUGAUAGUAGGACUGGUUGAAAUGGUUGAAAAUAUUUGGUGCACUAUUAAAGUAACAUGCAUUGUUCGAGUUGUAAAGUUGGAAUGUGCAACAGUUUCAAAUGAACUUCGUUCGAUGAAAUUAUUCAUGCAUUUUUAGAGAAUUGAAUAACUUCAAAUAUCUAAAGAGAGAAUUGCAACGUUAUGAAGCGUUAUGAAAUAUGUCAAGAUGAUACGAAAUUGUAGGAACUAUUUUUAAAUAGUUUCGAGCACCCAACUGAAUACAAUGUGAUAUUCAAGAGUCAGGUAGAGUUCUCUAAAGAUCCCAAACUGGCAGUCAAUUCUCUGAAUUCUUGGGGAAUUGAACUUGCUGGUAUAUUGGGACAUUGUGAUUCCUUUUAAAUACCAUUUCUACUCAUGUGACAAUACCGAAACAAUAUCUCUAAUCUGGCGCUCAUGUUCCACAGGGUUGAGAGUACAGUUUCAGAUGUUUUUAUAAUUCAUGAUAAGGUAGUUUUUGUAUUUUAUAAUAAAACUCGAAAUAAUCGGAUGGACGUUAAUUGUUUGUUCGAGGACAGUUUCCUCACUGUGAAUCGUGUAAAGAAUAUCCUUUUAUGAAGUGCAUAGUAGCGGGGGGCAACUAAGCAUUGUAACAAUCGUGGCCCUUCAAUGACCUUGAGCAUCCAAUUAUCUACGUUGCAACUGUGGGAACAGUUGGCAGCCGUUGAAAAUAUUGUACGAUUUCUGGUUUUAUUGAGUAACAGUGGUGCUCAAUGGAUUGCUCAAUUAAUCCUUAAUUACCUUAAUCGUAGGUUCGAAUCAAAAUCGAUAAUUAAAUGAAGUCAUUAAUUAUCUGUUUUAUCUAUCUGUUUUGUACAACGAUCAUGUUAGUAAAAUUCGCUAGUAAAUUUAGUAAUUAACGAAAUCGAAAUCCGAGAACAAUCUUCGCAUUUUAUAAACAAGAACAUUAUGAUUGUUUCCGAGUUUUCUCGAUUUCGAUAAUUUAAUAAUCUUUCAUGAUUGUUUCUUUCUUAAAUAUGUCAAUUUUGUAACUUUCCACAAGAUUAUUUCUCCAUUUCUUCAUUCAUACACGACCGACCUCUAAACGCAACAAUAAUAUAAUUAACAUUAAUUGUUACGUAUGUUGAAAUAAGUGUACUGUCAUUUAUAGAAAAGGGUUAAUUAAUUAUAUUAUUUAUAAUAUAUUCCUGCAGAGAAUAUUUUUGUUAUCGCGGUAAGCAACUUGUUACCCUGUUAUACCAAUUGUACAUUGUAUUAUACUGACACAGUGAUCAUCGAAUGUAAUAAUAAUCAAAUAUUUUUGUAAAUGUCAAA